AUGGGGAAUCCGAAAGUUCACAUAGCCGGAGCGACCGUAGCAGAAAGUCAGGAUGGAGAUCUAAGCGAUGCAGUGGUUGCAGCUGCAACGAGAGCAAUGCUGGAUGCCGGCAUCACGUAUACCGAUGUAAAUCAGAGCAUCGUGUCGUUUGAGGAUGAGCUUUCGAUAUCUCCAAGAUCUCUCGACACGUUUGGAUUGGAGGGAGCACCAGUAUUAGAGGUGAAUAACGGCUCCGCUCUGUUCGCAGCAACGCAAUCCGUGAGGUCUGGACAGUCCGACUGUACUCUGGUUCUUGGUCUCGAUACUAACACAUCCAAGAGUGCGGCCUCAGCCCAGACACUCGUAGUGGGAGUUGUCCUCGUCUCGGAGCUCUUCCUGACAUCCCAUGCGUACCUCAAAGACUCCUCCAUUCGCAUCUGUGGCUCUGCAUUGGCAAGUCCAAUCCACUUGCGAUCACUGGGUUCGUCGGAUCCCUCUCGAACGGCGAGAACAGCUGUCGGCAGCGCACUACGACAGGCGCAGUUGAAACCUACAGAUAUCCAGCUGCUGCACCUACCGCAUGACUUGCGUGAGACGAAUCCUCGAGCACUUUCCGGCUUCGAUGCUGCCACAUCAGAGCUGUCCCGAUCGCUGAGGUCUGAAGGUAGCACAACGGGCCUGGCGGCGCUCGUCACGCUCGUUUGGCAGUUCCGCGGCUGGGCGGGCGAUCUUCCGGUAGAUGCACAGAACUGCUUGCUGUACACGUCGGGACGCAAAGGAGUAACAAGCGUGCUGAUAAUACGUCGAUCCGACGGGCGCGCUGCAGUGAAGUGGGAGGAGGUGGAACACGUGCGAGACGGAAGAGAGCGACUUGGAUACAAUCCGGCUGCACAGACGAAGAAGAUUUGCGUCGAGGACGUUGAGGCCGUGCGAGGGCGGGUCGAAUUCGUGCCCGAGGCACAGAAGCAACUCCAGCUGCCGGCGAAGGGUGGUGAUCGCGCAGCGUUGGCGCGUUUGUGA